CAAGUCCCAUAUUACAACACAAUCCUCAGCCUAGGGAGGGGGAGUCGAGUAGAGAGCCGAUGACACAGCCUCAUCCGUGUAACUAGAGACUACCAAUUCAGCGCCGCGUACUGACCCUGCGAGCCAACGAGAGUGCAAAUCUACUGGGCGACAUCUAUAGCUGGAGGAGCGGAGAGAGAAAAAGCAACGGGGGAAACGGAGGUACUUCAACGCAGGAGCGGCCGAGAGAGGGGACGCGAAAUACUGUAGCUACAGUUUUCUUGCCCAACGGAGAACCUUUCCGUCUCCUGAAAUAACCUCACGUCCCUUCAAGAAGAGAAUUGUGGCGAGCAUAAAACACACAGCAAGCGAAACUGGGUAAACUCUUGGAAAGCAAUCGACAACCCUGAUACCUUCACAAUGAAGAAAAACAAUUCGGCCAAACGGGGCCCACAGGAUGCUAACCAGCCGUCGGCGCAGCCGGACAAAAUCGGCUGGAUCCGCAAGUUUUGUGGUAAAGGGAUUUUUAGGGAGAUUUGGAAAAACCGUUUCGUGGUGCUUAAGGGGGACCAGCUCUACAUCUCCGAGAAAGAGGUGAAGGAUGAGAAGAAGAUCCAGGAGGUGUUUGACCUCACGGACUAUGAGCGCUCGGAGGAGCUGCGCAAAUCCAAGAGCCGGAGCAAGAAGAACCACAGCAAGUUCACUCUGCUGCGCUCCCGGCAGCCAGGAAACACGGUCCCGAAUCUAGUGUUCCUGGCCGUCAGUCCAGAGGAGAAAGAGUCCUGGAUCAACGCUUUGAAUGGAGCCAUCACCAGAGCCAAGAACCGCAUCCUGGACGAGGUCACGGUUGAAGAAGAGAGCCUCCUUGUCCAUCCUACACGUGAUCGUGCCAAGAUCCCGCACACGCGCCGCUUGCCAACCCGCGGACAUCUUAUGGCAGUGGCGUCCACCUCCACGUCCGAUGGCAUGCUGACGCUGGACCUCAUCCAGGAGGAGGAUGCGUCGUCACCCGAGGAGCAGGACACCUGCGAGAAGAACUUCCGGGUCGACCUGGACAAAUCUGUGGCUCAGCUUGCUUCAGGAGGCCAGCAGUCCGACCCUGAUGGCACCCAAACCCCGGCAACCAGCGAGACGGUGCUGAAAGCGGGGAGCCUGCCCCGCAAGAGUGAGAUCUCCUGGGACCGGCAGCACCAGGAGGGUCAGGCUCGCACCCCGCAACCUGGCAAGAAACUGACUGCGGCGGAGAAGAGCCGGUGUGCCUCCAUGGAGGAGAUCCUCUCCCACUCGGACACGCGGGCGACCAAGAGGGCCAUCCCCGCGUCCCCGUCGGCGCCGGUCCAGCCCAUCAGCCAGCUGCAGGACCUCAUCUCCCAGAAACUGGAGAGAACUCAGGAGCUGCUGACCGAGGUCCGCUUGCAGGAGCGCAAGGGCAAGGACUCGCCCCACCACAAGGGCUCGGACUCGGAGAGCGCCCGGGCGGAGGCGGAGCGGCUGCUGCAGGAGGCCGCCUGCAACUGGGGCCAGGCCCGCGACGUGCUGGAGGAGGUGAAGGAACUGCGGGCGCUGUACCGGCAACUGGACUCCGCCCCUGCCACGCCCCUGACGCCUUCACAGAGCGGGAAGCUGAAGAGCCCCCAGCAGACUCAGUACAGGAAGAGCAUGAUGUGAUGCAGGGACUAAGCCAGACAGAGAAUAGGCAAACCCUUAAACAAGAAGGACAACAAAAAAAGACACGAGUUACAGACACAGGGAAUAUGUCUGGGUUUCGUUUUUUACGUGUUUCUUUUCACUCUUGUGACAAAAUGCACAAAUGUAGUUCCGCUGAUUGCUGGUCUCCGCUUUGUACCUUUGAGCCUACAAUGUGUGUGUGCUUUCUAAUGAAGGGAGGUCAGCUCUUGUCAGCUGCUCUGACGCCAGCCUCUGUGGUACAAGCAGUCAGUGUGCACCAUUUGUAGUGAUCCAGCGUCUGUGUAAGGGAUAGCAAAUCUGAAUCUGCAGAGGCACCUGGACUGUCCUACAGCACUCCUGAGUGUACAUUCUGUACUGGUUUUUACAGGCAUCCAGUUACAGUGGGAAGAGGUGUGUGGUUGGGGGCCAGUGGGUGGCAUACCUCUGCAGUUCUGGGCAGUGAAUGCAGGUGACUCAGACGGAAGGAAGUAUAAAGCAGGCCAGCCGCAAGAGCUGCUGGGACAAACCGUCUCCUGGCUGGCUCACUGGAAUGUGAAUGUUUUCCUUUCAUGUUUCAUAAUACACUGGAAGGGUUCCAUAACUGUCCCGUCGCAGGUUCCCAGGGUUCAAAAUCAAUACGGGCGCAGAGUCUGCUGUUUUAAUAAUGGUGUUCAGCAAAAUAUCUGCAGUAUCCAAGUCACCAAAUUCACUCAAGCUGGCCCAGGCCCCAUGCCCAUACUACAUUUUCAAUUAGAUAGACAAGGGUGAUGGUCACCCGUGGCUUGUUGGCUGACACAGUGAAUAUAGUAGUUGGAACACAAAUAUCAAAAGACAAAUUCUGGGCAAGGUCAGCAUCGACAUGUUUUCUUGGCGGGAUUCUUCAGUUGAGCUUUCAGCACCAUCAGGCUAUGUGGUUUUGUAUUAAUUCAGUUUUUGCUUUAGCUUUGCAAGAUGAACAAUAAAGAAAAGCAGCCCACGAAGCUUUGUACAGUUAGCCUUGUACACUCUUGUUAAUUCGGAUGCUUUUGAAUUCUGGGGCCAGUAGGGAUGGCUCCAGCAGCUUUUGUUUGACUAUGAAAUGGAGACAGCAAUGAGGUUGAAAUGGAGAUCACAUGCAGUACUUGCAGGAAUGAAACCACUUAUAAAAUGAGUAAAUAGUAAUAAUUAAACUGGAUCUGUGUUUUUAAGGCGAGAGGAGUUUAUGCAAUUGCACUAUGGGGAACACUGUAAAACAAGAACUUGAUGCUGGCGUGCAGAUGCAUGUAUAACUUGUUCUCUUGGCAAGGAAUACGUGUUGGUCUGAACUGAAAAGACAAUCUAGCCAGCAAC